CGUCACGCAUACACGUAGCUUGUUGGGUUGGAGAGUUCGCGGCGAUGGCGACGACGGCUUGGUGCUGGAAGGGGACGCAGUGAAGCUGGCCUCGGCUCGGAUAUGACCAGUGUCUAUUUGUUCGAGGUUGCUUUGCUGCUCAGUAAUUGCACGGGCUUCGGAUGACUCUUUGGCUUCUAACUUCUCAGCACUCAUUCGAUUGAUUUCCAUGUCUUACUUGUGAGGGUUUCCAUACAGGAUCACCAGGACUGCUUAUCGUCAUCGCUGAUUGUCUGAGAUUGAUCCAGACCACAGUUCCUUGUUGGGUGACCAACACACCUUCACAGGGACCAUGGAGGAGGAGGGGCAGCAGAGCCUGGAGUGUAUCCAGGCCAAUCAGAUUUUCCCCAAGAAGUCCCCUGUCUUGGAAGAGGAAAACAUGCAGGUGCCCUUUCCUGAGCUGCAUGGGGAGUUCACAGAGUAUGUGGGGAGAGCAGAGGAUGCCAUCAUUGCAAUGUCCAACUACCGCCUACACAUAAAAUUCAAAGAGUCUGUUGUCAACGUCCCUCUUCAGCUCAUUGAGAGUGUGGAGUGUCGGGAUAUGUUCCAGCUUCACGUCACCUGUAAGGACUGUAAAGUUGUCAGGUGUCAGUUCUCCACCUUUGAGCAGUGUCAGGAAUGGUUGAAGCGCCUGAAUGUGGCAGUGCGCCCUCCCUCUCGCUUGGAAGACCUCUUCUCUUUUGCCUUCCACGCCUGGUGCAUGGAGGUGUAUGCUGGUGAGAAGGAGCAACAUGGCGAGCUGUGCAGACCAGGUGAGCAUGUGACUUCAUGGUUCAAGAACGAAGUGGAGAGGAUGGGCUUUGACACUCAAAACGCCUGGAGGAUAUCUGACAUCAACAGCAAGUUCAGGCUUUGCCCCAGCUAUCCUCAGCAACUCCUAGUGCCAGCCUGGAUCACUGACAAGGAGCUGGAAAAUGUGGCUGCCUUCCGCUCCUGGAAAAGGUUUCCUGCUGUGGUUUAUAGGCACCUGAGCACAGGGGCUGUUAUCGCCCGCUGUGGCCAGCCAGAGGUCAGCUGGUGGGGGUGGAGAAAUGCUGAUGAUGAACACCUGGUCCAGUCCAUUGCCAAGGCCUGCGCUGUGGAUAGCAGCUCCCGCAAACACUUCUCCAACGGCAACUACACCAAUGGCUCUGACCUUCCUGAUACUGAUUUUGAAUCCUCCAUGACCAACAGCUCAGAGGUGGAGACAUUGGCUAUCCAGCCCCACAAGUUACUGAUUCUGGAUGCCAGGUCCUACGCUGCUGCUGUGGCUAACAGGGCCAAGGGAGGAGGUUGUGAAUGCCCAGAGUACUACCCCAACUGUGAGGUUGUGUUCAUGGGAAUGGCGAACAUCCACUCCAUCCGCAAGAGUUUCCAGUCUCUGCGUUUCCUCUGCACUCAAAUGCCUGAUCCAGCCAACUGGCUUUCUGCACUGGAGAGCACCAAGUGGCUUCAGCAUCUGUCCUUGUUGCUGAAGGCGGCUCUGUUGGUGGUCAACGCUGUGGACCGGGACCACAGGCCCGUUCUAGUGCACUGCUCUGACGGCUGGGACCGCACACCUCAGAUUGUUGCUUUAUCCAAGCUGCUGCUGGACCCUUACUAUCGCACUAUUGAGGGCUUCCAAGUUUUGGUGGAAACAGAAUGGCUUGACUUCGGCCAUAAGUUUGCUGACCGCUGUGGCCACGGGGAAAACUCAGAAGAUCUAAAUGAGCGUUGUCCUGUCUUCCUGCAGUGGCUGGACUGUGUUCACCAGCUGCAGAGGCAAUUCCCAUGCUCUUUUGAGUUUAAUGAGGCCUUCCUGGUAAAACUGGUGCAGCACACCUACUCCUGUCUGUUUGGCACCUUCCUAUGUAACAGUGGUAAGGAGAGAGAGGAUCGCCAUGUUCAGGAGAGGACCUGCUCAGUCUGGUCACUGCUCAGACCAGCCAACCGCACACUGAGGAACAUGUUGUACUCCUCCCACUCCGAGACCGUACUGCACCCAGUGUGUCAUGUGCGGAACCUGAUGCUGUGGACAGCGGUUUAUCUGCCCAGUUCCUCCCCUACAACUCCUUCCGAUGACUCCUGUGCCCCCUACCCUGUGCCCGGCGCCAAUCCGGAAGAUGCGCCCCUGGGCAGACGUACGAAGACUCGCUCUUUCGACAACUUGCCCAGUGCAUGUGAGCUGGGAAGCUCGCUGGCUCCCAACCGCCGCUCCAGUGACCCGAGCCUCAAUGAGAAGUGGCAGGACCACCGACGCUCACUGGAGCUCAACAUGGCAGUGGGUCCUGAGGGAGGGGGGAACCAGGAUCAGGAGGCGCGGCCUAAUGGAGUCGGGCCUUAUCCAGAUGAACCGGACUCUGAACUGGAUGACAGCCCGCAGUCCCAGGGUUCACAGGCUGGAGUCACACAGGAAGCUUCUAUGAACCCUGCAGGAGAGGAAGCAGAAGAGGCGGAGCUCUCUGUGGCGGUGGGUGUGGCCGAGGGUCAAAUGGAGAACAUUCUUCAGGAAGCCACGAAGGAAGAGGCAGGAGCCGAUGUUCAGAGAGAGGGAACUGCUACUUUCUCUCAUGUUGUCUCUACUGGUGGCACAGAGGUGGAGAUGGAAGCAAAAGUUGAAGAGGAGCAUCAGUUGGCAGAGGCUAAUAGGACCGAGAUCCAGAGAGAAAUAUUUACGAAUGGUCACAAUCCAGAAAAUGGUGUGAUAGAAAAUGAGGACGAUGGUGACUCACCCACUCUGCCCACACAGAAGGAAGAGGAACUGGAUCAACAGGCAGUUGAGGAGACUCAGACAUCAGAAGAUGUAGUGAAGCAGAAUGUAGAGAACUCUUCUGUACAAGAGGAGCUUGCACAUGGACCCAGUGAGUCCAGCUCAGGUGAGCCAGAGCAGUCUGCAGCCCAUAGAACUAUAACUAAUGGCUUUGUGGACAGGUCACCUGAAGAGCCAGGCAUGGAUGAGGAGAACUGUCCGGACUCUGAAUCUGACCAUGGUGUGUCUGAGCCGGUGGAGCAGGUGGAUAAGAGGGCCUCCCUGAUGGAGAGCUCCACAGAGACUUUAACUGAAGAAGCCUGCAGCAGGCUGGAGCUUCCAUCACAGCCGCCUGUUUGUCUGAACCGGCAGCCCUGCAGUGACAGCAGGAGCCAGGUGCCGUGCUCCAGAAAAGAGAAAGGGCUGGAUACAGGUGAACACAGCUUUAUCAGAACUUUAAAUGGGGCCUGCAAGCGACCCCCUGUCAGUGCCUUUCAGUGUCCAAGUGCUGACCUUAGCAGGGAUGGACUUUGUAAUGGUGAAAGCACAGAUGGGGAUCCCUGUGGAGGACCUCACUGGGCCAAAGGGAAUGGGGAGCGGGCCCCUCUGAGUCGACAGGUAUCCCUAGCAAGCUGCAACUCUCUGAUUCUCCACCCGCGGGGCAGCUGCUCUCAGCACCGGUGGUGCCACGCCCUGCAUGGCCGUGUAGCCAUCAGCCCGGAGCAGCCGUCCCGUAGCCAUUUGGAUGACGACGGACUGACCCUUCACACAGAUGCCAUCCAGCAAAGGCUGAGGCAGAUUGAGGCCGGACACCAGAUGGAGGUGGAGACUCUGAAGAAGCAGGUGCAGGAACUGUGGAGCCGCCUGGAGAAUCAACAGCAUGCCGGCUCUCACAGAAUCAAUGGAGACAUAGGAGACGAAGUGACCUCAAUGACAGACUCUGAGUUCAACCAAGACCCAAACUGUUUGUCGCGGUGCAGCACAGAGCUCUUUUCUGAGGCCAGCUGGGAGCAGGUGGACAAGCAGGACACUGAGGUCACCCGCUGGUACCCCGAUCAUUUGGCAGCCCAGUGUUACGGCUGUGAGAGCAGGUUCUGGCUCGCCACCAGGAAGCAUCACUGCAGUGGCAGGGAGCCUGUCCAGGAGGUCUGGAACUGUGGUAAUGUGUUCUGUGCCAGCUGUUGCGACCAGAAGAUCCCAGUGCCAAGCCAGCAGCUGUUCGAGCCCAGCCGUGUCUGUAAGACCUGCUACGGCAGUCUCCAGCUCAGCUCGGCCCCACUGGACAUGGAGCUGGAGAAACCCAUUGCAGCCAGCUCCAACUGAGGUUCAGAGUAGCGGGACGGAGGAGAGCCGGGCUGCGCCGCCAGCUGCUGACACAGGCGCACUGCUGAAGAGCACAGGAGCUACACAGAAUGUCCCAUGUACUUUGUGUGUGUGUGCUGCAGAUAUGGAAUUUAAUGUGUAUAUAUGGAAGGUGAUGUGUUGGUGAGAUGCUGAGCGCUCUGAACUGUGGGUGUGCACAGGAGUGGGUGGUGUGGAAGAGAGUGGCCACACUGAGGCUUUGCGGCAGUAAAGAACUGCACUCCCAGGACAGAGGAGUGAGAUUGGACAUCCUGGUGCCUUGGACCAGGCAGGCAGAGAAGGUCGUCUCACUGUGCUUGCUGAAGUCUCCUGGAAUACUUUAGUCUAUUGAAUCUUUUCUCUGCUCAUCAAGGUUCCUCAUCAGACCUCUCAGUACCAUCAUCUCCCAACUUGGAAGCUGUAAUAUCAGCAUUGACGAGGAAGCAGUCAUGAGACUGUCCCUCAGCAUUAGAGACAUCCAGAUACCAAGCUGAAGCUCACAAAUGCUGUCAAGGAAAACUUAAAGGGUCAGUUCAUGCAAAUAAUUUGGAAAUCAUUGUUCCUCGUUUACCUCUUGUGAUACCAGCUUAUGUAUCUACAUUUAUUUUUCUUAGGUUCCUGCCGCCACCAUAGUAAUGAGUUGCAUUAACUCUGCACUGUUUUCUCUACGCAUCAGUCUGCAAGUCAUGUUUUCAGUUAAUCAGUUGAUCUUUUUUUUUUGUUAAAUGCGGCCAUUAUACUACAACAGGCCAAGACCAAGAUAAAAUCACCUUCAAGUUCAGUAACAAUAAGAAUCAGAAUUUUUUUCACUGCUGAAGAGAAGAGAUGCAUUUUUGCUUGACUGAUUAUCAGUUAAUUUUCAAUUAUGUAAUAACUAAGCGUUAUUUGUGGCUCAGAGUACUAACAAAUAGCAUUUGAAGUGGUGCUACAGGGGUUUAGCAUUACACACACGGGAGAUUUUCAAAGAUAGAACUAACAGGAAAUCUCAAAAUCUAAGCGGUAGAGACUGCAGACUGCAGUACAGUUCAAAGUCCACAGAGUGCAGGAUUUUAUAUUUCCUAUGAAGCAACUCAGGACUGUAACUGCUUUCUUCCUGGUUGCCACCCACAUUGUUCAAACCUCUGCUUUCUGUUAUAGGUUUGUGGUCUUUAGACCUGAUGACUGGAACUUCAGUUUAUUCAGCUGUCCCCCCUAAAAUCUGCCACGUCCUUCCAGUAGAGAUCAGCUGCUGUUUUUUUUUCAGGUCAUUAGUAGUAAUCAAGGAGCUAGAUAAUCUAUAUUUGAAACCAGUACAUUUGCACCAAAACUGAAUAUCUUUGUGGCAAAAUUCAGAAUAACAUCUCCAAUGCAAAACUUCUUCACAUAUAACAUUGCUCUAUACUGGAGACGACAGAUAGAAUCGGCCUCAUCCGAACCAAAGUAGCACUUUUUCUAAUGUAUUCAUUUUGUCACAAAUUGGUUUAAUAAAUAAUGAUGCCCAUAAUCAGAAAAAUUCUGAAUAUCUGAUCGAAUAGUGAACCCUUACACAGUGUCAUUGUUACAGUGGGUUUUAGGUGAACUGACCCUUUAACAUACUGUGGGCUGAACCUCAACUGAGUAGAUUUGCAUGCUUUGUUUGGUUAUCAGCUUUUCAUGCAGAAGGACACAAACAUUUGCGUGCAUGUACAUAAACUUUAAACAGCUCUUUAAUAUAAAGUACAAAAUAGAGGUGGAAAAAAAAGAACCAUCGGUGGUGUCAGUUUUAAGUUUGAAUUCAGCUGAGAUUCAGCCCAGAUUGCAGGCAGGAGACACUGGACUCUUUGUCUACCUUUAUGUUAACAAAAAUGCCGUUGGGAUGUUUAAAAUGUCUUUUUUUUCUCCUCCAAAUACCCUGGUUGUUUGCAGUACUUAUCUCGACCACGGUGAGGAGAGUAAGUUAUGGUUUGCUUUUUAAAUGCCCUUGUAAAAAGUCUUACAGCAGGACCAGUUAGAGAAAAGGCUUUAGACUAUCCAACCCUUUAAGAGCUGGUGGCCACUCGGCUCUUCCACGCUGAUAGACUGUUAUUACUCGUCUGCUGGGAGUGGAAACUGAUGUGCUGUGGCGUUGUCAGUUUGUGUCAGUCGGCAGACUAGCUGCAGGUUUGUUGUGCCCGACGUGAACUGACUGACUGUGUAAUCUCACCUGUUAGCCAUACCUUCAUGCCCUUCACUCACAGCAGCAGCUCCCUUUUUAUUAUUUUUCACCCAGCAGGCACUGGGAGCUGGACACCUCGCUCACUCUGGUGGAAAUCAGAAGUGGAGGUGUGAAAUUCAAUCUGUGGUCAAGUUCUAAAAGCAAGUGUCAUUUAUUUUGAUUACAAAUAGUAUUGUUUCUGUACAUUUUUGAUUUCCACCUUGAUUGACUGAAACUGGAGGAGAGCAGCAGCAGCAGAAAAGGGCUUUUGGCCUUAAAGUCUGUAACUCCACAUGAAAUCUAUUAGAGACGCUUCACUGAGACGCCCACUCUGCCUCACACCAUUCAAUGACCUCCUUGCACACACACUAAUACAUUUUUUUUUUGUAAAAUAAAUAAAUAAAAUAAUAUAUUCAGAUACCUAUAUAGCAUUUAAGACAAAUGUAUAGAAUCCUUAAAUAGUGGCGCACUUAAUUAGUCACCAAAAACUUUUUUUUUUUUUUUUUUUUUUUAAAUUUCCUUGUUUUGUUAUGUUGUUGAUUGCAGAAAAACUCCUAGGUUUUGCAGCCUGUUGAAGAUGACAGGUGUUUUUUUUAAUUUAGAAGCAGGGCGUCCUGUUCUGAUGCUGCAGUGGUUUUCCCGUUUAAAUGCGAUCAUUACCUUGAUUUAUUUAUGAAGGUUUUGUUGAAUUGCUGUUUAAAAAAAAUCCAGACAAUUCAAUUGCCACAGGAUAAUCAGUGUUUCUGAGACAGGGGAGGAAAGGUGAUUCUGAACGGUGGCUGCGGUGACGCUCGUUAUUUCAUGAUAUUUUGUAUUAGCCAAUCGCAGGGGAAUGUGUGGAUGUUAUGAUUACCUGAAUAUGAAGAGGGGACAGGAUGAAAAGUCAGAGGUGUCAUCUAGCAUCAAAAUGAUAAAAAAAAAAAACUUAAUGUCUGUAGCUAAUGAGACGUCUAUGCACUGAGAGAACAGUGGUCCAAAACAAGCAGCCUGAACCCAAAUAAAAGCCCCCCUACACACAAACAUUACUCCAAACCCAUCUACAAACACUACCUCUACUUUGUACCCACACUUGCUCAUGCACCCCCCCCACACACACACACACACACACAUGUUUGUUUUUCUAUACCAGUGGGGACAUACCAUUGACUCCCAUUCAUAUCUAACUCCUAACCCUUACCCUAACCCUAACCUUAACCAUCACCAAAUCAAUGCCUAACCCUAAACAAACGUUUUUGCACUUUUACAUUUUUUAUUAACAACAAUAUGGCCAAGAAAACGGUGUUGCCACCCGUGGGGACCUCAUUUUAGGUCCCCACCGUAAGACAAGUCCCCACCUUUAUAGCAAAUAGUCAGGUCAAAGUCCCCACCGGUAUAGCAGAAACAAGUACACACACACACACUCUCACACUCACACUGAGCUUCUAGUUGCUGAGAGCUUUUCAGAUUUACAUUGUCGAGAAUGGCCUUUUAUUUUUAUUAUUGGAAAUCAGUUUUUCCGUUAAGGGUACCAUACAUGAGCGUAGACUUGCUUCAUAAUGAUCAUUUUUGUUGUUGAGACUGCCAAUCUUAUAAAUCCUCCUCCUCAUCCAGCUUGUCAUGACCGCAGCGAGCCCACUUGUGCCAGAUAGUCGCUGUGGUUUGUCACACAGGAUGACAAAAUUCAUACUAUCAGAGGAAAUGCAUCAGUUUGUGUGAUCUGUGAUCGACAACGUGAUACUAUUGAAUCAUGUUGGAGUUGUUUUGCUGAUUCUGACGCCUGCUGUUGGCUUUAAACAUAGUGGCAGAUUAUUGAAGUGUGCAGUGGAAUUGCUGUUUAAGGUGGUCAGAACAACAACAAGCUUGAAGUGUUUGUUUUUCUCACUGCCCUCCUGUAGAAUUGGUGUUGAUUUGAACAGCCCAACCUUCAGUCUUUCAAUUAGGGGAAAAAGGAGAAGCUGUUUGCUCCCUGAAUGGAUGAGAUUCUGUCACUUCUGUAAAUUUAUGAAUUUUUAAAAACACUUGAAGCAGUGAUGCUAUGGCAACAUGACUAAGGCAUUACCUUUCCAAACUUAUUUUUUCAUUUAUUUUACUGGCAUUAACUGAGCAGCAAAUGUAAAUUUAGUUCUGGCUAUAAUCCAAAUCUGUUGUCUCAACAUGCAGAGAGUUAAACUGAAAUUAAUUUUGAAAGAAAACGUUUGCCAACACUUUUAAAAUACAGACCAUCAGAUGUCAGCAAAAUCUGAAAAGAUGGCUGACUGAGAUGUGUAAUGUCCCUUUAUGAGCUCUUUCACUCCCUACAGACACACUGGCAGCAUGACUUCUCACUCUAUUUUCACCACCAUCACAGGCAUGUGGGGCACCAAGCUUGUCUUGUUCAACAAUCCAUGAAUGUGAAUUGUCUAAAAGGAAAAAAAGGCUAUUUUUUGCACAUUAAGUAGACACUGCCACAGAGUGCAUCAAAAUAAAGCUGAAAACUGAAAGUGUGCUGUGCUGUUCAGUAUUGUGAGGAGUGUGAUGAGAGCUGGUGCUGUGCAGGGUUUUGGCUGGAUGUGUCUGGGAGGGUCUGCUAACGUGGGCAUCACUUAACACACAUGUUGCUGUGCUGUUUUUUCUUCCUUCCCCUCCCAAGAAGUUCUCUAGCAUAUGUUGUAUUUUUCUUCACUCACGCUGACAUGCUCUAUCAGAGGCAUCACUGCAACGGCCCAGUAAUCACUUGACGUGUGUGUGUGUACAUGUGAAUGCAUCAAGCAUUGGUGUGACUGUGAGUGUGUGCCUCUUUUGGCAGAGACUGGUGCCAAGCGGUUAUAUUACGGGUCUCUCACGAAGGGAUCACUUGUGCUUUUGUUUGACUUUUCUCUUUUUUUUCCCCCCUCCCUUCUGUUUGAUAAGCACUUUGAACCUUCUCAUGUCUGUCAGAGGAGUGUGUAGCUGUACAUAGCCAUUUCCUGUAACAACAAGUGCUCCUUGUUCAGUCUGAAUAUUUUGUUUUGUUGGAUUUACUUUAAAGAGCAUUACGUUGUUGUAGAAUUAAAGGAAAAAUAAACUAGGUAAACCUA